UGUGAUGGAGCUGAAGGACUCUCGCUGUUGAUGGAGCCAGACAGACUGCGGUGUUCUUGCCGGGCAGCCUUCAGGUCUUCUGGCUCAGCAGGCCCAGACUGGAUCAGCCAAAUCUCCCAUUGUGCCCAGAGCUCUUAGAGCUCAUGCCUAGAGGGUCAUUCUCCAACCCUUUCUUAUGGCCAGUUUCAGAACAUCAGUUAAGACUUUAUUUUCCCUUGGUAGCACUUUUUUCUGGAGUUGAAUUCAGAUGUUUUUCUUAAUAUUUCUGUCAAAGCUUCCUUAAAAAGCCUCACUUUGUCUUGAUCAUAGUUCACCUGCCCUUUUCCAGACUAUAAAUAAUCCCAAGGGUGAGAGUUGGGGUGAUGGGGCUUGGUGUCUUCCGUAUCUCCCCCUUUGUACGUGGUUGAAUGGGAACCAUUUUGGUUUGAGACAUCUUAGAGUUGAUUGGUGGGAAAGGCAGACAGGAACUGGUAGGGCGGUCAGGUACUGCCAUAAGUGGUAUGUGGAAUAAUUUACCCUGGUGCUCCACUUAAACCAGGCUGUGUUGAAACAUCAACACAACUUCCCUGACGUGCAAGGAUCUGCCCUUCCACUUUCAUUCCAUACUGUUGUGAAUAAAUUGAAAAGAGAAUAUUUUGACAUGUGACAUAAUCUCAUUCUCCCUCAUUUAUUGGGGAUGCUAUGGGGCAUUGUGAAGGAAUGGUCAGACCAGUGCACUGGUCUGACUUUAUAAGUUAUUUAAUAAAAUGAACAGUUAGAAAAUAAAGCAUAUGAUUCGUUUCUUUACAGUUGCCUUUUAAUAAAAUAUGCAUAUGAUAAUGCUCUCUGGACCUAGCACCAAACGGAUACUCCUUGGGGCCCCAACAGAAGAAAUUCUAAAAUUAGGACUGUGGUCCUUGCUCAUAGAAUUGCCUGUGUCACUAAUAGAAGGUUGGAGAACCAGGAUUCCCUCAGGUCUCCCGGGCAACAGGCCAGGUGACCAACUCCUAGGCCUAGGGUCAUUGUUGGAGGCAUAAGUGUUGCUAUGACUACUGAAACCUCGGUGACUGAACUAAACAGAAAGGAGAGCCUGCUCAGUCUCUUAAGACCACAUCAAGCAUGUCUGUAGACAUGUCUGUGGAAAAAAUGAUAAAAGUAGAAGAGAGUUUUCAAAGGGCCCUGGGACUUAAGAAGAUGGUUGACAGGUGGCGAAAUUCACACACUCACUGUCUGUGGCAGAUGACACUGAGCCAGAGGAGAAACCCAUAUGCCACCCUAAGAAUGCGGAACACCAUGGUACAGGAGUUGGCACUGGCCAACAAGCAACUACUGAUGGUCCGUCAAGCCGCCCUGCACCAGCUGUUUGAAAAGGAGCAUCAGCAGUACCAGCAGGAACUAAAUCAGAUGGGCAAAGCUUUUUACUUAGAGAGACUCUGAUGGCAUCCAAAACAUUGUCCUUCCAUUCUCACCAUGCCUGCGAACCUAGCCUUCUUGAGCCCCUGCCACCUUGAACGUCCUUCCCAAAACACACCUGGAUCUAGUUAUCUGCCCAGGACUUAACACAGUGCUCCCACUCUCACCUCUUUCACUCUCCUGUCAACCCCCUGGUGCUAUUUGGGAAAGAAUCUAUGAGACAUUGGUAAAAACAACAGUGACGCCUUGUGGUCAGAAUGAGGUAUGCAGUGUUGAUGUAAGUGGGGGGAGGGGGGUUGAGAGAUGGACAUUGUGAGAGUAGAGGAUCUUGAUUUGGUUUAACAAAUAAAGCUAGCUCUUAAAGGUUCAAACUUA